AUGCAGAGUAGUAAUUAUAAUAAUUGUGCUAGUUUGGGUUGUAGCCUUAUGACGGCUAUAAUUAUAGAAGCUACAAGAGAAGAAUUAUACCUUCCUUCACCCAAGGAUAUAAUUCGUCAAGAACCUUCAGACCGUGCUGGCUGUUUGAUUAAAGUGGAAGUAAAGCAUACAUCAUUGCCUGCAUCAACCUCUAUAGUAAUAGCUUUUGUUGCUUGGUUGGAAAUGUCUAGGCAAGUUUCUAAAUUAUUUGUAUGUCUAGCUUCAAUUUCAAGAGCCUAUAAAAUUUGA